UCAUUUCCGUAAUCUCCAUCUCCAUCGAAACGCAAAGUCUGACUCUCGAGACGGCACCAAAUGGGUGCUCUGAGGCUGCCCUUCCUCACUUCGCUCUCCGCCGCCGUUCCUCGCCGCUUCCCUCUCCGGAGACCUCUUUACAUCGCUAAUUUCUCUGCGCAAAGCAGCGCGGUUGAGAAAGAGGUAAUUGCUUCCGGCGAAAGCUCCCCCAAGCCAAAAUUGCAGCAAGAUAAGGACCGGGUUAUCACUCCUCGCUCACAGGACUUCAAUGCUUGGUACUUGGAUAUCAUUGCCAAUGCGGAGCUAGCUGAUUACGGUCCCGUUCGUGGCACCAUGGUCAUUCGUCCAUACGGCUACGCUAUAUGGGAAGCGAUUCAGGAUUAUUUGAAUGUGAAGUUUAAGGAGACAGGUCAUAGUAACAUGUAUUUCCCACAGUUUAUACCCUAUUCAUUCAUUGAAAAAGAAGCCAGUCAUGUCGAAGGUUUCAGUCCAGAGUUAGCUGUUGUGACGAUUGGAGGGGGAAAGGAGCUUGAAGAAAAGCUUGUGGUUCGACCUACAAGUGAAACUAUUGUCAACCACAUGUUCACUCAGUGGAUUCAUAGUUAUCGUGAUCUUCCAUUGAUGAUCAACCAGUGGGCUAAUGUCACAAGAUGGGAAAUGCGUACUAAGCCAUUUGUCAGGACUCUUGAAUUCCUUUGGCAGGAAGGCCACACGGCUCACGCCACUCCAGAGGAAGCAGAAAAGGAGGCCUUACAAAUGAUUGACAUCUACACGAAAUUCGCUUAUGAGCAAGCUGCAAUUCCUGUUAUUGUGGGUCGUAAAUCCAAGGUUGAGACAUUUGCUGGUGCUUCAAAGACCUACACAAUUGAAGCAAUGAUGGGAGAUCGGAAAGCUUUGCAGGCUGGAACUAGCCACAACCUUGGACAGAACUUUUCACGCGCUUUUGGAACUCAGUUCAUGGAUGAAAAUGGACAAAGGCAGCACGUAUGGCAGACAUCAUGGGCAAUUAGCACAAGGUUUGUUGGUGGUAUAAUUAUGACACAUGGUGACGACAAUGGUCUGAUGCUUCCUCCAAAACUGGCCCCUGUCCAGGUAAUUGUCGUUCCAAUAUGGAAGAAGGAAAAUGAGAAAGAAGCAGUUUUCAAAGCUGCCUCAUCUGUGAAAGAAACACUUUCUUCUGCUGGAAUCAAGGUUAAAAUUGAUGAUUCAGAGCAGAGAACACCGGGGUGGAAAUUCAACUUUUGGGAAAUGAAGGGUGUUCCUCUAAGAAUCGAAAUUGGGCCCCGAGAUGUAUCAAGUGGGAGUGUGGUUAUUUCUAGAAGAGAUAUUCCUGGAAAACAAGGAAAAGCUUUUGGCAUAUCUAUGGACUCUUCAACCUUGUUGGCUUAUGUCAAAGGCAAGUUAGACGAAGUCCAGUCAUCUCUUCUUGAAAGAGCCAUCUCCUUCCGGGAUAGCCACAUUGUCGACGUGAGCUCUUACAACGAGCUUAAAGAGGCAAUAGCUCAAGGUAAAUGGGCAAGAGGGCCUUGGUCAGCCAGCGACGAAGAGGAACUGAAAGUGAAAGAAGAAACUGGUGCUACAAUUCGAUGCUUCCCUUUGGACCAGCCAGCGUGCGCCAAGAAAUGCCUGAUGACGGGUAAUUCAGCAGACGAAGUAGCAAUUUUCGCAAAAUCAUACUAAGUCUCGGUGCCGGAGUGGAGUCAUUGAAGGUAAGCUACAAAAAAAAUUCUUUAGUAGCGCUAUUACUGGAAAAAAAAAAAAAAUGCUUGAAGGCUACUUGAAUUGUCUAAGUGUUUUUUGAUAUUUAUUUUUGCUCUAUAUGGUAAAUUACAGAGUUCAAUUUGAGCAGAUAAGUUUAAUAUGCUUUUUGGUAGGAAGAUAUAUUUCUUGAAUUAGGACACCCUUCUCUUAUUAUAAUAAUGUGCUAUUUGUGUGUAUUUUAGUGGUGUUUGUAUAGGUUUUGUUUGUUUUUAUUGUAUGAAUAUAUAUUUUUAUGGUAAGCCUAGGACAGUAAUUUGGACCUAUUUAUA